CAACCACAAAGCAAGCCCCACUAAAAUUCCUUGCGGCCUGAGGCUUCAAUCUGAAUAUAAAAUGCUGCAGUCCGAAUUUCCACCACUCCAUCAACCACACAUCCCGCCACUCAACAACCAUGGGCUCCUCCGCGAAAAAGAAGAAGGAAAAGAAAAAAGACUUCCAAAAGACGAAGCUGAAAGUCGGCAAAGCGCGGCCGAAAAACACAAACGCAACCGACACCAGCUUCGCCUCGAAAUCCAUCGUCUUCAAACAGCAGAACCUCACGGAAAGCGCGCGGGAUAGCGCGACGCUCGCGGCGCAUAACCUGUCGCUGCUGGGGAGUAAGAAUGAGACGCAGCGGAAAGAUGCGUUGAUUUUCUUUACUUCGCUGUGUGCGGAUCACGAGGAGACGAUGGCUGUGUCGCCGACUGUGAUUGCGGGCAAGGCGAUGCCGUUGGUGUUGGAUGGGAGUGCGCAGGUGCGGACGCAGCUGUUGAAGCUUUUGCGCGCGCUUUCUACUAGGGGUGAUCUUGGGGCUGUGGUGGAUCAGUUGCUGCUGUAUGCGAGGGCGGGCAUGGCGCAUUUGUCGAGCGAGAUUCGGCUGUCGUCUCUCGAUGUCUUGAACUGGAUGCUCGAGGGCGAGAAUGCUUUGGCCGUGGUAUCGAGUGCGGGCGGGUGGAUCAAGACGCUGCGAACUUUCCAGAAUCUGCUCUCGUGGCAUGGAGAGGUCCUGACUGGCAAUGCGGGCGGCAAGUGGUCGACCAGCAAAUCCACCUCGAACCUCGGAAGCAGCAAACUCCUCGUCCACCAACUCACUACUCUCUCUCGAUUUCUGCACGUCGGCCUCGUACGCCCGUCACUACAAGAAGAAGCAGAAGCAGCCGCCCAGCGCGCUGCCGCCCUCUUUCCCCUCUGGCAUACGGACGCCCAUCUGCUCCCUACCAAGAGCAAUCCCUUCGGCUACUUGAAUCUCUUCGGUGCGGUGAGAGAUGUGGAGAGCGAGGUGUACGAGGAUGCGGAGCAGCGCGCGGAGAUAUUUGUGGAGCUGGGCGUUUACGCUGCUUGUGUGCGCGGGGCGAAGGAGGCGAGGAAGGAGGCGGGCGAGGUGGGCAGGGCGGCGGCUUUGGUUGAGAAGGCGCUGAAGCUUGUUGAUGGUGGGUGAAAUGGAGGAAAUGCGCCCUGAACUCGACAGUCCUGGAUGAGAUGUUCACAUGCUCCUCAGACGGCAGGUGAACAUGAUGACACACAUCGGCCGCCCCUUCCUCUUGAACGAUAUGACCGAUCGUGGCUGCCCCAGUACUGGACGAGGGAGAUCGCUUGGUCUGCAUGAGCACAUGACUACGACCACCUGACCUCCACAAUCAACAAUCUCCCCUAUCAACUCGUCACGGAACUCGACUGGGCCGCAGAGAGAUGACCAUCACUUCCCGUCUUCCCGUCUCUCCGUGUCGCAUACAUUCGACACCAUACGCUAUCAACACUGAGAAG